UAUGUUUCAAGAAUCAUUCUCUACGAGUGGACAACCACCUUCGGUCUGCCAUUUUUCCUUAAAUAACACAGUUAAAUUUGGGACAAAAGACCUCAUCAUACCAUAUUCUUUUGUGCUCACGAAUGGAUCUGAAUGAAAUUAUGACAAAUUCACAAGACAGGGAAAGUUCAAGAAUGGAAAUGGAUUCAUGUGUCCCUCCUGGUUUUCGAUUUCAACCUACAGAAGAGGAACUUGUGGGUUAUUACCUCAAGAGAAAGAUUAAUUUCCAGAAAAUUGAUCUUGAUGUCAUAAUUGAAAUUGAUCUCUACAGAAUGGAGCCCUGGGACAUCCAAGGCAGUUGCAAAUUGGGAUAUGAAGAGCAAACUGAAUGGUAUUUUUUCAGUCACAAGGACAGGAAAUACCCAACUGGAACAAGAACUAAUAGAGCCACUGCUGCUGGUUUUUGGAAGGCAACAGGAAGAGACAAAGCAGUAGUUUCAAAGGACAGAACUAUAGGAAUGAGGAAAACCUUAGUAUUUUACAAAGGACGAGCACCCAAUGGAAGAAGAACUGACUGGAUCAUGCAUGAAUAUAGGCUCCAGAAUUCUGAAAAUGGACCCCCUCAGCACUUUCUAUGGUUGAAAAUGCUAGUUGGAGAGACAACCCAUGUUGCCCUUCACUGUAUUUCUUCCCCUCACCCCUCACCAUUUGCUGCAGAUCAGCAGCUAAUUAUAUCCAACCAUACUAGUUUCGAGUAUCAGCGAAUCGAGCUUCCAAAACCCGAUAGCCCCUCGAUUUCUGCUACGAAAGAAAGUUUUGAGCAUAAUGCUAUAGUCUGCAGUGAAGAUACAGGAGAUGAUAAGAGAAAUUAUGAUAAUCAAUACAGUGAUUGGAAGAACUUUGAUAAGUUACUUGCACCACAAGUCAUUGAUGAUUCUCCGUCGUCUGCAUAUCAACGAGUUGAGCUUCCAAAACUCGACUGCCCCUCGAAGAAAGAAUGUUUCGGGCAUAAUGCUACAGGCUUCAGUGAAGACAUAGGAGAUAAGAAGAAAAAGUAUGAUAAUCAGUUUGAUAAGUUUCUUGCAUCACAAGUCAGUGAUGAACCCUCGUCAUAUGCAUAUACAAACUUGCAGCCAUUAGUCCCCCAAAACGAAGACCUUGAAUGGUUUCCUGAUUUGUAG